UUUCUUUCUUUCUCUCUGUUCAUCAUCAUCCCUCCCUCCCCCUUCUCUCUCUCUCUUUUCAUCCCUCCCCCACUUCCCCCACCUCUCUCUCUCUCUCUCUUUCUCUGUUUCUUCUACUACUGCAGAGAGGAGCUGCUGCUGCUGCAUCGCCAGAGAGGAGAGAAGAACUACAGACAGAAGGAAAGAAGGAAGAAGAAGAAGGGAAGCCCCGCUCGCGCUCCAGUACAGUGUGUAUUAGGGAUGCUGGUGCACACCGGCGCGUGAGCGAUUACCCCUCGGAAAAGCCGAGAAAGAGAAGAGCGCGCGAGGGGAGCACUCCUCUCCGGUGUGUUUUGGUCAUUUUAGAUGGACACUGCUUCAUGAAGUGGACGUAGAUCACCACAGCCUGACUGAGCUCUUCUUUAAAUAGUCGUCUGUAACGUUUAGGACGUUUGGGGCGUUUGGGACGUUUGCUAGACGGUUGGACGGUGUAGGAUGGAGGACCCGUACAGGGAGAGGACGUCUCUGGCCCGCGGAGCUCGAGACAUCGCUAAAGAAGCCAAACGACACGCCGUCAAAAAGGUCAACAAGGUCGUGGACCGCGCUUCAGACGAGUACGCGGGUCGAUCCUACAACCGGUUUGAGAAUGAUGUGGAGGACGAUGAGGACCGGUACUACUAUCAGGAUGGGCAGGUGCAGCAGAGGGAGGAAGAUGAGGGCUCCAGUGAUGCAACUGAAGGUCAUGAUGAUGAAGAUGAGAUCUAUGAGGGCGAGUACCAGGGCGUGCCGGCAGAGGGCGGGGUUCAGAUGGCGGUGGGACGUCCCGUGGUGGACGGGAUGAAGGACAGGAAGGAGCUGGAGAAGGAGCGGGAGGCGGAGGAGGAGGAGCUGGCGCAGCAGUACGAGCUGAUCAUUCAGGAGUGUGGGCACGGCAGGUUCCAGUGGCAGCUGUUCCUGGUACUGGGGCUGGCGCUGAUGUCUGACGGGGUGGAGGUGUUCGUGGUGGGCUUCGUCCUGCCCAGCGCCGAGACCGACAUGUGUGUCCCCAACUCUGGAGCCGGGUGGCUGGGGAGUAUUGUGUAUCUGGGAAUGAUGGUGGGAGCGUUUUUCUGGGGUGGGCUGUCGGAUAAAGUGGGCAGACGGCAGUGUCUGCUGGUCUGCAUGUCUGUAAACGGUUUCUUCGCCUUCCUCUCUUCGUUCGUGCAGGGCUACAGCACCUUCCUCUUCUGCAGGAUGCUCUCCGGGUUUGGGAUUGGAGGGGCAGUACCCAUCGUGUUUUCGUAUUUUGCGGAGUUCCUGGCGAGAGAGAAGCGUGGGGAGCACCUGAGCUGGCUCUGUAUGUUCUGGAUGAUAGGGGGCAUCUACGCCUCUGCCAUGGCCUGGGCCAUCAUCCCACACUACGGCUGGAGUUUCAGCAUGGGCUCGGCGUAUCAGUUCCACAGCUGGAGAGUGUUUGUGGUGGUGUGUGCGCUGCCGUGUGUGAGCGCGGUCGUAUCCCUCACCUUCAUGCCUGAGAGUCCGCGCUUCUACCUGGAGCACGGGAAGCAUGAUGAGGCGUGGAUGGUGCUGAAACAGAUCCAUGACACCAACAUGCGCGCCAGAGGAGAGCCUGAGAAAGUCUUUACUGUAAACCGUAUAAAGAUCCCCAAGCAGCUGGAUGAGCUGGUGGAGAUGCAGUCGGAGUCGGCAAACCCUGCAGCUAAAGUGCUGUUCCGCAUCCGGAGCGAACUCAGAGGGAUCUGGACGACGUUCCUGAAGUGCUGGGAUUACCCUGUAAAGGACAAUACAAUCAAGCUGGCGAUUGUGUGGUUCUCUCUGUCUUUUGGGUACUAUGGUCUGUCGGUGUGGUUUCCUGAUGUUAUAAAGCACCUGCAGGCGGAUGAAUACGCGUCACGCGUGAAGAUCCACAGGAACGAACGUAUCGAAGACUUCACCUUUAACUUCACCUUGGAGAACCAGAUCCACUCUAACGGACUCUUUCUCAACGACAGGUUCGUCAGUAUGAAGUUUAAGUCGGUCACGUUUAAAGACUCCACCUUCCAGAACUGUUACUUUGAGGACGUCACUUCACUCGGCUCCUUCUUCAAAAACUGCACCAUCUUAGACACCUUCUUCUACAACACAGAUAUUGACGACUCAAAGUUCAUCGAUUCAUCUGUGAUCAAUAGCACCUUCGCUCACAAUAAGACAGGAUGUCAGAUCACGUUCGAUGACGACUACAGCGCCUACUGGGUCUACUUUAUCAACUUCCUGGGGACGCUGGCCGUGUUGCCAGGCAACAUAGUCUCCGCCCUCCUCAUGGACAAAGUUGGGCGAUUAAGCAUGCUGGGAGGCUCGAUGGUGUUGUCUGGUAUCAGUUGUUUCUUCCUGUGGUUCGGCACCAGCGAGUCGAUGAUGAUUGCUAUGCUGUGUUUGUAUAACGGCCUCAGUAUAUCAGCCUGGAACUCACUGGACGUGGUCACAGCUGAGCUUUAUCCCACUGAUAGAAGGGGUACUGGUUUCGGGUUCUGUAACGCUAUGUGUAAGCUAGCAGCCGUGUUGGGUAACCUCAUCUUUGGCUCGUUGGUCGGCAUCACUAAAGCCAUUCCCAUCCUGCUGGCGUCCGGCGUGCUGGUCUGCGGCGGCCUGGUGGGACUGCGGCUCCCGGACACCCGCUCCAACGUCCUCAUGUGACCCCGACCUCCGUCCAAUCACCUCUAACCCAAGAGUCGCCACGGAAACAAAGAGGACACUCCGGAUCGGAGCAGAUGCAACAGGCUAAAACAUCGAAUACACACCGUCGUCCGAUUACUCAUCACAUCAUCUGCUGUUACUGAUCUGAUUUAUUUUAUUUAUUUAGUUUCAGUAGAGUUUUAAUUAGACCAGACGCUGCCGUCUCAAGAGUUCCUCCAUCCAAUGCCUCAACUGAGUCGCCCAGAAUCUCGCAGUGCCAAACGGAGUCUUGAGAAGAACAGCAGCGUGUUCGAUUUUAUAUUAGAAAAUUAUUUUCAUUAUCAGGGGUCUGUUUCACCAAGCACAUUCACACUUAUUCAAGUGUAGGGAUACAGUAUAUAAAUAUACUAAAAAUAUAUAUUAUAGAAUAUAUACUAUAUAAAUAUACUAAAAGUUAACUAGAAACAUUCUAAAGAGGAGAAUGGGUUCGUCUCACACUAGAGGGCGCUUAAAUGAAUGGGUUCAUAUGGGAGAUUUGACAAAAAAAACGUAGCUUUCAUAUGUUCGAUCAUUUUUUUAUCCUGAAAAAUUAACAUAUAUUCACUCAACACAGAAUAAUAACAGAUGUUUCAUUGUUUCAGUACCACAGAAAUCCUUUUAAACUUCAGUUAUAAACCCUUUAAAUGUGCUCUGGCUGUAUCUUCAGCAUCAGUAAUGCUACUGCCUCUGUUGUCUAAAACGCUUUACUAUAGAAAAAUGGAAAUUUAGGUAAGAUUGCUUUAUUUCUUAACAAAAUACUUUCAAGAAAAAAUUCAAGGAAAUCCUAGCGCCAUUUAGCUUAAAUCACCUUUAUCCAUUGAUGCCUCGCUUUGAAAAGUCUUCAGAAAUAAAGUCUGCCCCCUAGUGAAAGCCUCCAGAAGCACACACAUAGCACAAAAGGAAGUAUAUGAAAGAUUUUUCAUAUUUCCAAGGCAAAGAGAAAGAAAGUAGCUUUAUCUCUUGAUUUUAAAGGUGCGGAUCAAAAUUACAGGUGUGAAAAAGGUCAAAAACCUAAAAAGAGUCCAGGCCUAAGAACCAGAAGAAUUUGGUCUGACCAAGUAUUCACAUGCUUCUCUGGUCCGGAUCAGUUAAUGAUUUCUUGGAGUUUACUUGGAGCGUUUCCCUCUCGGUUUGGUUUGUUUUCACACAGGCACAAACCAAAACACGCCAAAAUGCGCACCAACAAACCAUGUGAGCGUGUUGUCUCCUCUCACACUGUAUAUUAAGUGCAGUGUGAAGCUACUUUAACACUGAAUGCAAAAAAAAAAUACUGUUAUGCUUUUAAACAGUGUUUUGUGAGCAGUGAGCGCUGCACAUGCAGAGUUCAGUGUGUAAACAGCUGAGCAUGGAGCAGCAGCAGAUACAGCAUUUGUUCAUAGCUUUGGUAGUAAUAAAUCAGGUUUAACUGCACCUGAACAGCCGUUUCACUCAAAUAAAAGGCAUAUAUUUAAUCACACGUUUUCAUUACAAACAAACAGAUCUGGUGUUCAUUUGGAACCGAAUCAAGACUACAGUUUUCACACCUGCCCAAACGAACCGCAUGAUGAAUGAAUAUAAAGAAAUCAGAAGCCGCUUUAAUGCCUUGGUUUUAAAGGUUUAAAGAUUACUCUGCUUCGUGAGACAGACCCCUGAUCUGAUCUAUUGUCAAUUCUCAUUACUGUGUUAAAAAAUGAUUUUAGCUAUGAUUUAUUUUGUUUUAUUAGACCUAAUCUCACCUGAAGUGGACGAUGUUUAAGCCUCUUACACCUGAGCAAAUCCAUCCUGAGUAAAAAUAAAGGCCAUAGAAAAUAUCACGAGUAAUAACAGCAGCUAUUGGUGUUAGUGUAGGCUCACUCUCUGCUGACCUCUGACCUCUGCUACUGACACGUCUUAAUAAGAACAGAAUACAGCUCUUCUCCUUUUCCUCCUCUUUUAUAACUAUUUCAAAGCUGGCAGAAGAAAUCAUCACAGCGGAAAGGCUUUACACUCUGUUGUCUUUGUGAACCGUGUGCUCCGUUUAAGCUUAUUUGCAGGGGCUUUGCUUUAGAGUGCUUGUGGUUUGAGUUCCCAUACCAAAAUCUGAUAAAUGGCCAUAUAUUCAUAUAUAUAUACAAAUAUAGAGAGUUUGUUAUAGUAGUAUUAUAUGAUUCAUUAAUCUGUUGUCUUGUUUCAGGAUAAUAUAUCUACUUAAAGACUAUUGUUCUUCUGUCAAUUAAUAGAUUAAUCUAUUUCUUGAAUUAGAUAAUAAUAAUAAUAAUAAUAAUGCUAUAAUUACAAUUAAAGAAAUAAUGCUUUUGAUAGAAGUCAUUGUACCAAGAUUUUUAUUACAAAUCAUUUUGGAGCAUUUCUAUUGGUCAAUUCAUCAUGAACUUCUGAUACAAUAUAAAGAACAAAAGGCUUUUGUCUAACUAAGACAAAGUUUUAUUUAAAAAAAUGUUUUUUAUGACAGAGUGGACCAAUAGAAAUGCUCCAAAAUGAAUAAAAUUUUCUAGCUUUGACCUUCAUUGUACAUUUUUUCCUUUUUCUUUAAAAGUGCCAAAAUAUAAACAGAGUACUGUAUAUCUAUGAUAUAUUAUGUCAGUAUAUGUUGAGAUGUGGGUACGAUACAGUAUAUGACUAAUAUAUGAUUUUGAAAUACGGGUCAGAUAUGUAGUAAGUUAUACGAAUAAUUUAUUUUGAUGUGAUAAAUACUGGACAUAUUGGAUAUUAUUACAUAGUUAUAUAAUAUAAUAUAAUA